AUUCCAUUAAAGCUUAAUCUAAGUCACAUUUAUAAAUUUUAAACAAAAACGUCAGACAGAUGCAAAUUACAAUUUGUUUCUAAAAUUCUGACUUAUUAUAUGAAGUUUUUAUUGGAUUAUUUUAUUAAUAAUUUUUAACCUAUUCUAUAUUUUGUAAUAAAGAUGGAAAAUAAUAGCUUUUCUGGUGUUAAUAUUGAUUUGAAUUGUUUUCCAAACAGUUUUCUGGAUAAUUUUGAGAAGGACAACAUACCUUUUAGACUGAAUGAAGCACAUCCAAUCCACGAUAUUGAUUUUAAUCAUUUGAAAAAAACAACGAUUGAUGAAAACAACAGAAUCGCAAAAUGUUUUGGUUCACAGCAGGCCUUAAAGAAUUCUAUUGAGAGAAACAUGUGCUCAAAAUCAACUAGGCUCCCUGGAAUCACCAGCAGUAUGCUUUCACUGGAAAUUUUAAUGGACAAACUGGAUACUUUAGAAUCGUAUGAUUAUAUGAAUACAGAAAAACCAACAAAUGACUUUGGAUUAGGUGGAAUCCACUCCCAUAUAGAAGAUAAAUUGAACAUAUAAACUUCUAAUCUACUAAAUUAUAAA